AUGGAUUUGCAAAGUCAAGCACAAGAUCUAUUGGAUUUAUCAAGCCAUGUAACUCUAUUGCUACAGAAACAAUCAGACUCUCUCAUAAGGAAACGAACUUUAGUGAAAAGUACUAAUAAUGAGGCGGACGUGGACGCAAACCUGGCUUACGAUAUUGCUCUUGCUUCGAAGUCUUUACAUGUAUUGGAAAUACGGCGCGAAAUUCGCUCUGCAAUGAAUGAAAUAUCAGAGAUCAAAGAACAAUUAAAUAAGCUCAAAAAUAAUAUUUCUAGCAAUUGGUAUGAUUAUAUUCAAGAUACAAUGGAACACCUACAUGUGUUAUUGAAAAGAGGAAUUGAGCUUGCAUCGGUUGAAAUCCCAAACCCUGAAGAACAUAGAAAAACGAUAUACUAUGACAAUUAUGAUCAUUAUGAAUACGAAACUGAUGAGUCUUUGUCCGCUAAUGAUCUUGUUUGCUAUGACGACCACAUUUUCCAGGAUGAUUCUUCUCCAUCUGACAUUUCAACACGUAGUAGACCUGCUAGUAUUAUGUCUCCUCCAUCUCCUGCUUCUGAUGAUAUUCAAGAUCGUUGCCUUAAAUCAAAUUUUGCUCGACGUCAUACAAUGGAUAACGAAGGUGUCUCAGCUGCUCGAUUAUUCAUAGGUAAUCUUGGUUUGAAACAACCUCCAUCCAAGGCUUCUACUACAACAUUUAUCUCUCAAGAACAAACUGAAGCAGAUACUUCUCUUAAUACUAAUACUGGUCAUUCGUCAUUAAAACUUGAUCGUGAUAUAUUAUGUUCUUCACCUGCCGCACGUCAGCUUUCUCAAUUAAUAAUCCAUGAAUCUGACGAUACAAAUGACGAGUUUGUUGAUGCCGUAGAGAGGCAAGAAGAUAAUCAUUCCACCAAUGACCUCUCUGAACCAUUCCUCAUUAAAGAUCUUACUUCUCACUCGAAACGUUCAAAUUCUUCUCGUUCAUUACCAACUCUUCUAGAAUCAGUUCCUGAAGAACCAAUUAUACGUUGGGCUGAUAAUGAUUAUUCUAGUAAUGUUACUUCGCUUGCUUUUUCUGCCCUAUCUUCGCCUUAUCAUAUCAGUCUUCUUCGGCAUAAACCUGCAAAUAUAUUUGCUCAACAAGUUAAUGUUAGUAACCCAAUACGUAUUGGUACUGGUUAUGGUUCUUACAUUGCUUAUACAUGUACUGUCAAAAGCCAGGAGGGCGCAAGUAUCGUUAUCAGAAAACGUUAUUCUGACUUUGUUAAGUUGCGAUCACAAUUGAUAAAAGCUUAUCCAAAGUUCCGCAAAUUGAUUCCUUGUUUACCACCAAAGAGAAUAAUGGGAAAAUUUAUGCCGGAAUUUAUUGAGAAACGUCGCAAAGAUUUGGAGUAUUUUUUAGCCUACGUGUUGCUGCAUCCAAUACUUGGCCCAACGACUGUUGUGAGAAGAUGGUUUUCAGAAUAA